AUGUUCAAGUCAAUGGCUUCUAUCCUGUCUCCGACCGUGACAUCUCACGAUCAGAAUCAAUCAUUCGUUGAGUCUGAUGACCCCGAGCGCAGUGAUCCGGCAGUGAAUUCUGACGCACUGCCUGACGAUCAUCCAAUCCAUCUCUUACCCGAGGCGCGAGCGUUCUACCGCAGCGGCCGGACGCCGCCUUUUGUGUUGAAUAAGCGUUCUGAGGUGAUCAAAAGCGUCGUGAUCCCAACCAAGAAUGGAUUGAGACCCAAGGAUGAAAAGGCGAUCAAAGUCAAGAUUGUAGCCAAGCCCUGGGAUAAAGAGUUCAUGUUCUGGACCCUUGAUCUAAACCAUACCAGGUACAUUGUAAAGCCGUUCAACGGACAAGCACAAGGGGGCAUGCGGUAUCUCUACUGGGCUGGUCCAGGCAAAGACUUUGAGCAAAAACCGCUUGCACUGUCUUUCAUAUCGCCUUAUCACUCGGGUACUACAAUUUCUACGAGGAGUGAUGGCACCCUACCCGCCAUUUCAAGUUUCGCUCCAAUCAAUCGCAAACGAAGCAUCCCCACGGACUCUUUCGAUUCGUCAGAGUCGUCAGAUUCGUCGGAUACUUCCGACUCCGAAUCUGAAGCGAAAAGUACGCGUAUACCUGGCCUUGCUCAACGCGCGGUUGAUGCAGGACCCGGAAACCCCUUGCAGCAGAUCGAUGACAACACUUCCGAUCACAGCGAUCAUUGCACCAGCGAGACGAACGCCCUGAAGCAGCCGGCUGCAUUCCAGAGCGCCCCUCCAAAAAGGAGGAAAACUGAGGUCUCGAGCCGCGAGAUCGACCGACUGAAUCGGAGUUCUCCUCCUGCACGACGACGAUCUGACGUCCAGGUUCCAUUCAGAGGAAGUCAUCCAGAACCUGCGCAGCCUACCACAUCGGCAUCGACGAAACCGGUAAAUGAUCGUGAGGACAAGAGAAAGCAAAGGGCCAUAGCUCGGAUCGAGAAGGAUCUCGGGCGAAAAUUCGAUCAAAUAUUCACACCUUGGGCUGGUGAAGACCAAGGUGUGAGUCGAAAUACUCUUCAAAUGAUCUUGAAGGUCAUCGCCCUCAUGGAAGACAAUUCGCCUCAAAAGAUUACCCGGUCCUUGAACAAAGCCGUGAACGGGAGGGACGGCAAGCGCCAACCUGCUGGAGGCUUGCGACCCACAGGACCCUCUUUCAAGGGAUUGGAAGCGACUUUGCAGGCCACAAAAACCGCGACUGUCAACGGCGGUAGGACGGAUACGCCUUCAUCUCCGUCGAGAAAAGACCGCCAGCAGCUUGAUCAAAGGACUUUGCAGAGAACCGAGGCUGUGAGCCACAAAGGUACUGGACCAGAUCCGCCAUCGAUUCUGUUGGAAGGUAACCGCCACCAGCUUGAUCAGGGUCUGGACUUGGACAUGUCGCCCUCGACAAUCUUGCCUCAACACAAACAGAACCGCACUACAUUGAUCGUUCGAGUGGCGCCUUCCCUCGAAUACUUACCCCUGAAAUUGAGCGAAUGCAUGACACCAUUAGUCUUUUACACUAAAGUUAUUAGCGCCUGGGGUAUUCGUGGGGAGAGCGUGGCAAAGAUUACAGCGACCUUCACAUGGAUGGACCCGAAGGAUAAGAUGAGGACAAUGUUAAUGAACAGCAAAAUUCAAGGCUGCUUUGCGCAUAUGAUUGAGCAGGUUGACGAAGCUCCAGCCUGGGAAGAGGGGGGAAAGGGAAAGUGUGUCUUGGAUGUUGAGAUUGUGCUGAAGGAGUAA